AAUGUUCUUCAUGCCAUGUCGGAUACUUUGGGUUAUCCUGUGACAAAUCAUGUCCAUAUGAAUGCGAGGAGAAUAAUUGCAAGCAAGAGGACGGAUCUUGUGUAUCAUGCAAACUUGGGUAUUACGGAGAACACUGCAAAAACACAUGUCAGGAGUCCUGCCGAUCAUGUGAUAAAUACGGUCUAUGUUCCGAAUGUAAACCUACAUUUUUUUCCCAACAAUACCGGACAAUGUGAAACUUGCAAUUCAAAAUGCGUCGCCAAUAACUGUGAUUCCUCUUCGGGAAGAUGCAUUCAAGGAUGCUAUGAUGGAUACUGGAACCGAACCUGUAACACAGAGUGUGAUGCCGCAUGCUUCUCUUGCAAACAAACCAAUGGAUCGUGUUCAAAAUGCAAGAACAAUACAAGAUAUGGACCUGACUGUAGACAGGAAUGCAGCAAUACAUGUAAAUCGUCAGUGUGCGACGUAAAUGGAAGUUGUAUAAAUGGAUGCAUUGUAAAUACAUUCGGCAAGCAAUGUGAACAAAGGUGUGGUGAAUAUUGUUUACGAAAAGACAACCAAACAAUUUGUUCUGAAAAGACGGGAAUGUGUUUAUACGGCUGCCGAACUGGAUACACGGGAAAAGAUUGUCCACAAGAUGAGAAGCCGAUAACAUUGUCAGCAGAACUUGGAUGGGGACUCGGUGGUGGCAUUCUGGGACUUUUAGUCAUAGCAAUGCUUGUAAUGGGGUUGUUUCGUAAAUGGCGAAGGUCAAACACGGAACACAAUAAUUUACUUCAUGAUGGCAAGUUAUAA